AUGGAAGAUGGACGCAUCCCAGACGCAAGCAUCACAGCGUCGUCAGUGUGGAGUAACCAUGCCGAUUACGGACCCACCAGGGCUCGGCUUAACCUUCGAGCCACGAACGGGGCUGCAGUCUGGUGUAAUGCUGGAGCUAGUGAAGCCAAUCCGUGGAUCCAAGUCGACCUCGGUUCCAAUGCAACCAUCACUGGCGUUAUCACCCAGGGGCGCGCGGACUAUCACGACUGGGUGACGGAGUUCAAAGUGGCCUACAGCGACGAUGGCCAAGAAUGGACUACCGUCACCGAUGAUGGAUCAUGUAGGCCUACACCGAUGAAGUUCCCUGGAAACUCAGACCAAAACACCCACGUGACCACCACUUUCCCGAGGUCUUUCCAGGCCAGGUUCCUGCGUAUCCUGCCUACGAAGUAUCAUCGAUUCUGCUGUAUGCGCUUUGAGGUCCUCGGCUGCACACUUAAUGAGUAAAGUCCAUCGAUGCCAGCUUGAGAAAACCUAGCUCUAGUGCUCGCUGCAAAUUUGAUAAAUGGGAGCAGGGAUGUAUAUGUCAUAGAUAUGAGACUUGUGUUAAAUUUUAAGAAUGAUUCAGUCAAAACAUAAAGACACCUAGGAACAUGUGCAGUUACCCAGAAUCGUACCUAGCGAUUUAACAAGAAAAUCCUCGCUCAAAAGGAAGAUAGCACUGCAAUCAUUCGGAAGAAACAAUCUUUGAAAGUGAUUUUAUAAAUUACCCUACAGGCUCAGUUUUGUAUGUGCGUUGGCAACGGAAUUUAUUUACGAGACGCCAACAAAUUGGGCAUUUGUUCUCAAAAUAUCUAGUAUCCACUGAGCUGCAAAUUCAACCAGUUUCAUUUGUUGUGCACCCUUCUCAUGAUUUUGAGCGAUUUUGUUGUUAA